AUGCCCUCGGAGGAUAGAAAGAAGACGUGCAGUUUUGCUGCCAGAAGGACGACUCAGGCAUCAAUGACGAUGGAGAAAGCUAUUCAACAAGAUUUAGAUGGCUUAGGACCAGGUCCUUCCGAGUCCGUCGACGAAAUUCAGGGCAAAAACGAACAAAUCGUGGCGGAAGAUAAUAACAAUCACAACGAACCAAAAGUGCUGGAGAACGACAGCAAACAGGAUCCUGCAGUUGAUCAAAACAGCACCAACUCCCCUCAGGAGGAACCGGCUGCUGAAACUCAGAAGCCCGAAGUGUCCCAUGUUGUUGACAAGCACACGGUGGAAGACUCAUCAAAUGCAGACGAAAACUUCAUCCACGAAACACCGCAGGAGACUUUGAAAACUGAAGACACCUCUGGCAGCAAAGAAAAGUCUAAUGUCGAAUUGGAAUCAGGAAUCGCUGAAGUGGAGAAAGGUUCAGUUCAACCCGCCGAAAAUGGCAGACUGUCACCUAAAACAGAAGAAGAGACCCAGCAGUUAUUUGAGCCGCCCGUAUCGACUCCAAAUGGAGAAGAGCCAAAAGACCAAAGCAAAAACGAGACCGAAACGCCAGUUAAAGCUGGAGACAGUCAGACUGUAAAAGUUGCAAUGAAAAAGCCAGUCGAAAGUGAGGUCCCGGUCCAAAACGACGAAUCAGCAGAUUCAAGCGCCGAAAACAAUUUAGAUAACGCUGCAGUCACUACUGAUCAGCCAGAGCAGACAUCGCCGGUCAAAACCGAAACUUCGCAAGUGCUCGAAGACACGACAGCCAAGACAGCGGUCGAAACACCUACGGGCAAGCCGGCAGAGUUGGCCAUUCCACAAUCUCAUGAAAUCGUCAUACCCUCUUACGCACGCUGGUUUCAUCUGCAAAAAAUUCACUCUAUUGAAAAGCAGUCUCUGCCAGAGUUUUUCACUAACCGAAUCCCAUCGAAAACGCCACAGGUCUAUGUCAAGUAUCGUAAUUUCAUGGUCAAUUCAUACCGCCUGAAUCCUAACGAGUUUUUCACAAUGACUGCUGCAAGACGGAACUUAUGUGGUGACGCUGGCGCCAUCCUUAGAAUCCACAAAUUUCUCAUGAAAUGGGGUUUAAUUAAUUACCAAGUUGAUGCGAAGACCAAGCCCAGGCAAGCAGAGCCACCAUUUACAGGUGAUUUCACCACGAAACACGACGCACCCCGCGGGCUUUUUCCAUUCGAAAGUUACAAGCCCGCUAUUCAAAUCCCGGACCUAUCACGGUUGAAAAAACUUAUGCAUCAGAUAGACACAUCGCCUGGGGAAACUUCGGCUGAAGAAAAUUCGAGCGAAACCAAAGUGGAAAAUGACGGCGAGAAAAAGAGGCCAUCGGAGAACGAUUCUGAGUCAUUAAACCGCAAAUCGUCGAAAAUUCAGCGCUCCAAUGUACUCGACAUGGUCGACAAAGAUUGGUCAAAGGAGGACUUAGAAAAGCUCUUACAGGGCUUACAAAAAUACAAAAGCGACUGGCAAAGGGUGGCUCAUUUUGUUGGUAACAAAACUGCAGAACAGUGUAUAUUGAGGUUUCUCCAGUUGCCAAUAGAAGAUCCAUUUCUGCAAUCUAGAUGCAGUGAUGAACUAGGUCCUUUAAAAUAUGCGCCCCAUCUGCCCUUUUCUAAGGCUGACAACCCUGUGAUGUCUACUAUAGCAUUCCUCAUAGGUCUGGUAGAUCCGGACCUUGUCAAAAAAAUGACGGACCGAGCAAUAUAUUCGAUAGGACAAGACACUGAAAAAGCCAUAUCUCAAAAUGAAAACUACGUCAAAGAGGGCAGCGAAUUGGCACUAGCUACAUUAGGCGCCAGGUCGCAUGUUUUCGCCACUAAUGAGGAAAGACACAUGAAUGCUUUGGCUAAUGAAAUGAAUCAAAUUCAGAUGCAGAAAGUGAACUUAAAGCUGCAGCUACUGAGUACAUUGGAAAAAUCUUUGGAGAUGGAGAAGAAAGUCAUUCAAAAGCAGCAAGAAGACACUUUGAUACAACGACUUUCGUUGGCCAAACACUCCAACUCCGUAAAUGCCAAACUUCAGCAGUGCCUUGACGAUUUUGAUGACAAGACAAAAUUGCAAGCGCAUUUGGAUGAUCUCAAGGAGCUACAGAAUGAACCCGCCAGAACAAGCAUCGGGAAAGGCAUGUCUUCGACACCCGCGCCAGACGGCACACCAUACAGCCAAACGCAGAAGUCUCUUGACGACUUAAAAGACCCUUUUGUAAAGCCUGUGUCAGUGGAUGCUCCCCAGGCGUAUCGCUAUUGGUCUGGUUGA